GCCGCUGCGCACCAUGGCCGUGCACGGUCUUGCCAGGCCCCAGGCGACGGUGCUUCAGCCAGGCUUCUCCGACGUCAGCUCGGCCUCCGGCUCGACGACACCGUCCCAGCAGUCCAAGGAGCCUUCCGAGGCGAGUUGCCCGCCGAGCGGCAGAAAGCAGCCGUCCCCGGACCAGAGGAACAAGGUCUUCGUCGGUGGCGUUCCACAGGACUACAGCCAGGAUGACCUCAAGAAGCUCUUCCAAGAGUACGCGCCAGUGAAGCGGGCUUGGGUGCAGCAGCACAAGACAAAACGGUCUGCCACCGAACGGUCCGCCCCACAGAACCAUCGAGGCUUCGGAUGGGUCGUCUUCCAGGACCCCGUCGUCAAGAAGGACCAGCGCCGCGGCCACCCGGGAGAAGAGGACGAAGAGAGGGGCACGUUGAGCUACGUGUGCCGCAUCUUGGGAAGUAGCGAUUCCCGUCUGUUGCCCCUGGGCGACGGCCGCCACGUGGAGGUGAAGCGAGCGAGGGACGCGCAGGAGAUGAAGGACGCGCAGGAGGUCAAGGAGGUGCGGGCGCCCGCCCGGGCUGCGAGCGGCUCGGCCACGAGCGGCCCGGCCGCCCGCGGGCUCGUGGUGGGCGGGCGCGGGCCACCGGGCACGGGCGUGGCGUGGCCGGGGCCGAUGCGGCCGUCGCCCCCGGGACAGACUGCCGCCGCCGCCGGCGCCGAGGACGCUGCCCCCUGCGGACGGUGGGAAGCAGCAGGCCCCGGCCCCUCUCCUCGCGGACAGCGCCCCCCUCCGCGAGCAGGGCAGCGCGCGCGAGCAGGGCGGCUCGUGGCCUCUUGCUGGCCACGGGCCGGGCUCGCCCGUGCGCGUGCCCUACCCGCCGCCGAAGCCCACGGGCGCGCACGACCCCAUCUACUGCCGGGCACCGGUGUACAGCAACCGGCUCUUGGGCAGCGAGGAUGUGUUCGUCCCGGCGCCAAGGCACGAGCAGGAGUCGAUCGAGCGGUUGUUUGCCAGCAUUCCUCCGCCCCGCGCGCCCCCGAAAAACACGAUGUUCAUUUGACGCUGGCCUCCAGGGAGGCUCACGUGCAUCCCCUCGCACGCUCGCGCCAGUAG